CCGCCGCUGCUGCUGCCGCCCCCGGAGCUGGAGGUGCGCGGCGCGGGGGCGGGCGUGUGGGCGCGCCAGGCGCUGCCCCGCGGGGCGCGCUACGGGCCCUUCCUGGGCAAGUGGCUGCCGCAGCCCGCCGACCACCGCCUCGCCUGGGAGGUGCGCGUGUGCGGCAGUGAGAUUCGCGGUUUCCUUGACGGGACGUUCGAACUCAAUAACUGGCUAAAGUACGUGCGGUGUGCGCGCAACGACAACGCUCCAAACCUUCGGCCCCUGCUAAUUGCUGGGCAGAUCUUCUACGAGACGACGCAAGAGGUGGGCGCGUACGAGGAGCUGGUGCUGGGCCCGCGCGAGCCGCUGCAGCUGGAGGCGCACCCGUCCCAGCAGCCGGCGCACGCCCACGCGCAGGGCCAACCGCCGGGCGCGCACCACGGCGAGUCCACCACCUCCGACGACCGCAGCGACCGCGAGACCGAGUCGCAGCACUCGGGGACCGUUGAAGAGGAGCGGGACGACGAUGAGGAGGUAGACGCGCGCUGCGCCGUCUGCUCCAAGGAGUUCCCGGACGCCGAACAACUGGACGAGCACCUGCUGUCGGUGCACGCGUUCCCCGCCGACGAGCAGCACAAGUGCGAGGCGUGCCCCGCCGUCUACGGCAGCCGGCAGGCGCUGUCCAGGCACCGCGCGCUGCUGCACCGCUGCGCCGACCCUCUGAAGCGCUACCCCUGCGAGAACUGCUCCAAGGUCUUCUCGGACCCGAGCAACCUCCAGCGCCACAUUCGCAGCCAUCACGUGGGGGCGCGCUCGCACGCCUGCCCCGAGUGCGGCAAGACGUUCGCCACCUCGUCCGGCCUCAAGCAGCACACGCACAUACACUCCAGCGUCAAGCCGUUCCAGUGCGAGGUCUGCCUCAAGGCGUACACGCAGUUCUCGAACCUGUGCCGGCACAAGCGCAUGCACGCCGACUGCCGCAUGCAGAUCAAGUGCGCCAAGUGCGGCGACACCUUCAGCACGGUGACGUCGCUGUCCAAGCACAAGCGCUACUGCGACUCGACGCCGGGGCCCGGGCCCGGUGUGGCGGCGGGCGGGGGCGGCGGAGGAGGUGGCGGGGGCGGCGCGGCCCGCGGGCUGCUGCCGCCGCUGUCGGCGCUGCCGGCGCCCUUCCUGCUGUACCCGCCGCGGCCCUUCUACGCCCCCGCGCUGCUCGAUGCCGCCGCCGCCGCAGCCGCUGCCUACCCUUCACUCUACACCGCGGCACCGUCUUUCAUGCACAACUCGCUCAUCUUCCCACCGCACCAACGUAUUGACAGGGCGGAGGAGGACAGCGGCAGCCGGGCGCUGCAGCAGCAGCAGCAGCAGCAGCAGCUGGAGCAGACGCCGCCACCGGCCCAGACCCGUCUGUGCGCCGAGGAGCAGCGCUUCAGUCCCCGCCAGCAGCAGCAGCCGCCCGCACAGCAGUUGCAGCAGCCAGCUGGGUACAUCUCGCCCCACCCACCCACCGCCGCGCCGGUCGCUGCUAGCGGCGCUAAGCACAAGGUGUCGCCACCUUCCGCAGACGAGGCGGUGUCGCAGCUGCGGCCGUCGCCCGCGAGGCCACCCCUGGCCGCCACAUACCCGGACCCCCGCGGAGCAUUGCCGCAGCCGCGGGCGCGCGAGCUGCAGCUGUCGGAGGACGACGACGCCGAUUCCAACAGCGACGGCCGCUCUGCUGGCGACGGCGACGGCGACCUCGGGGGCGGCCGCGAGGACGAGGCCAGCGGCGGCGAGCAGCCGCACGACCUGCGCCUCGCACUAGCCGCCUCUUCCCCAGCCUCCGAUGCCGCCGCCCCGGACAGCGAAUCUUCCGCCGGCGAACUGAAGCGCAAGCGCUGCGACCAGCCGCUCGACCUCCGGGUGCAGAAGCGUCGCUACAGUGAAGAGAGACCUCCCGGUGCUGACUUUCUCGGCGCCGGUACCUCCUUUCCCGAAGACAGAAGGUCACUCUCUUCCAACGUCUCUACACCGAGUACCGUGAGUCCUUCGACACCGUCACCUCAGCAUCACCAGCUCUCGUCGGAUCGGAGCGACGCUUGGAACGCCAAAGAAACGCCGCAGAAGUCUCCCAGAACGCCGACGCCGCUCUUAGCAGAGAAACGUCGUUCGCCGUCGGCUUCUCCGGCGUCGGGUUUCCAGAGGCAGGAAACCCCGCCGCAGCAGCCGGUGGCAGCUGUACGACCACUGUCACCACCGGUGGAGAAUCCCACGGCGCCUGUGUCGUCUUUGGCUGUGACGCCGACGAGCCUGACCAAACUGCCGCCUAUGGCGUACCCGCGGCCACUGCACCCUGUGUACCUGGACGCGUUUUACCGCUCUCCUUCAUUCCCGACCUUUCAGGCCGCCACCCACCACGACCGGCUGCUACCACCGCCUCCACCACCUCCAGCUGCUUUUGGAAGGAGCUUCCCACCGUACCUGAACCCUCUCACCAAUGGCAUCGCAAACGGUCACCAUCAUCCCAUGUUGGCUGGGCGGCAUAACCCGUAUGACAUGCUGCGAACCCCGCUGCCGGGAUUCGCGAGCGGUGGAAAGCCGUACCAGGACAUUCUAAGUGGAGGUAGUGCUUUAGGCGCCAGUGGCUGUGGAACGGGCCCUCCAGCCGGCAGUGGGCACAACGGAGGCAGCGGCAGCAGCGCAGGCGGACCGGGAUCCGCUCCCAAUGGUGCAACAGGCGGCAAGGUUAAGGAUCGCUACAGUUGUAAAUUCUGCGGCAAGGUGUUCCCUCGAUCUGCCAAUCUGACUCGCCACCUACGCACUCAUACGGGGGAGCAGCCGUACAAGUGCAAGUACUGCGAGCGCUCCUUCAGCAUCUCGUCCAACCUGCAGCGGCACGUGCGCAACAUCCACAACAAGGAGAAGCCGUUCAAGUGCCCGCUCUGUGACCGCUGCUUCGGCCAGCAGACCAACCUCGAUCGCCACCUGAAGAAACACGAGGCAGACGAUGGAAGUGGGGUCGUCGCCGUAGCGGACAGCCCAGACAGUAAUGAGAACGAGCGCGAAGACGCCUGUUUUGACGAGAUCCGCAGUUUCAUGGGCAAAGUGGCAGCCUACUCGUCACCUCUGCCACUGCCGCCACCUCCUCCAUCGUCGAUGGGCGCUGAAGCUCAUAUGGCCCACCUAUACCACAGCUCUAGUGCUCCUCAAGCAUCACCGGCGCUUGGGUUGCAGCACAUCCCCACUCAGCCACAUCUCUUCAGUCAGCCACAACAACAACAACAACAGCAGCAGCAACAACAACAAAUAUCAGCUACAGGCUUGCAGGCAGUGGCAGACUUGGUUAUCAAGCGAGAGCGAGACAUCGAUUCGGAGACGGAAGAUCACUGUGCUGGCGAGUCACCACGAACGUCACCUGACACAGGCAGGAACGAAAUGAAUCGUCAGGAACACUUGCAGGUGCCGCCUUUGGAGCUGCAGACGCCCGUUUCUUUCGAAGUAAAAGUAAAGGCGGAAAAGCCAAUAAAAGAAGAAAUUCCUACAAACAACAAUUGUGCCGAGCAUGACAUCAUCGAAGUGUCCACCUGACAGGGAUCGGAAUGACAGUGUCCCAUGUGGGAAAUCUGAAAUCUCAUUGUAUAGUUCCUAAAGGGCUGCAUGUUCACGAUUCUGUUGUGACUGAUCGAUCGUCUCUGUCUCAUUACGAAAUAGUUGGACACAGGGGAAUCCAGUCAAGACUGUAAACAACAGUAAAAAAGCAGCAGUUGUUUCUCCAAGGGAGUGUAUAUUAUGUGAAACUAUGGUUCUCUUCACGUGCAAAUAUCAGAAGAACAAAGUAUUUGUGUAUUUUUUAUGUUCUUUUUCGUACUUAGUACUCCACAAUGUGUGAUAAACAGCCAAAGCCAAAAUGUACUAUUUCUUGUGUGAGAAGUUAUUUAGUCACAGUGUAACUGAAAGAGACGCUACGGUUCGAUAACUGAAAUAUUUCUGAGACACUUUCAGAUAAAUGCAAGUAGCUACGAAAGAAGCUACAAAAAACGUUUUGACUUUUCAUUGCUGUUGAUAUACACACUAGUCCAUGUCUGAUGAUAAACAAUUUAUAUCAACUUAAGUUACCAUCAUAUGUAUCAGCAUGUCAAGCCAAGUAAAUCUCUCCUUGUACUAAUAUAAGUCUGUAAAGCUUAUUUUGUUAUGAUUUGUCAGUGAUAUUGUAAUAUUUAUAUGAAAUACAAUUUCAGACUCAAUUCACUGUGAGGCUCCAUGCAGUUCUCAUCAGCACUAUAGGUUCUUUUAUCAUUUAACUUCAUUAUCUGGUAAAAAAUAUCCGCUAAGAUACUCAUUACAAAUCUCCGGCCUAACUGCACUCUGACUUCGACUGGUGUAUAGCACCAGAAGAACUUAACUUAUCAGUGUCUCUGUAUAGUAAUUCUCAGCACGUCUGGGCUCAUAAGGUCUGCACUCUCCAUUUACCUGAAUGUUUCUUCUGUUAGAUCUGCUGCUAUAUUUAUCAGGACUGUACAUAUUACAAUUCAUAUACCUGCCUCUGGUGCUCAACAUUUCAACACAACUCUGUUGAACCAUUUUCUGUAUGUAAAAAUACUGUAUAAUUCAAGGAACUUUACAUAUCAAACAUAAGAACCAGUUCAGUUCAACAUAUCACAAUGCUUCCCUGUAGUAGCCAACACGAAAAAAAAUGUUUUUAGACCUCACUUACGUGAAAGCAGCUGAGAGAUCUAACUGACUGUUUAAUGUGGAACUGCGAUAACAGUGCUGGGCAACAGGCAGCCAUAAGGAAAAGCAACAAUGAAAACAAAUUGUCAAGGUGGUUUUCUUACUUAAUGUCUUUAGUAAACUGGUGUACAAAAUUUUAAUGGUAUCAGGAUCUGAUAACGAUAAGCUCCUGUGGCAAAUAUUAGGGCUAUCGUCCGUGUAUUGUGUCUGUUGCCCACCCGAAAGGUGUGUUAGCUUUAAUAACAAUUUUUAUGAAGUGUUUUCAAGUGCAGAUAUGACGCUCUUACGUAGGAAACCAGUUGUUAAGUGUUCAUAAGAUCAGCAUCACAUAUCACUAACGAAAUAAGCACGAAAUUGUUUAAGCAGUUCACAUUAAUUCGUCUUAUGGGGAUGCUCAACAUCAUAAUGACGUUUUAAAAUUUUAUGUAUUGAUAUCCUACACAGUUCAAACUACUUUAUGACCGGUGUUCAUGCUGUGCCAUUCAUAUAACUAAUUGUUAGAGAAAGUAUUAUAUCGUCUAAAAUUUGGUGUGUAUUCUCCAGAUAUUGUAAAAAAUGUGUUUAAAUAUUGUUGGUACAAUUUAAAAAUGUCCUUCAACAAUAAAUAUGUAUCUACACAAUCACUUAUUAAGCAGUCAGUUAUGCAUAUCAAAACAAAUAAAGCUUGUUUCCAGUACAAGAACAAUUGAAA